CUAAAGCUUUUCAUUAUAAUUUUAAUUUCAUUGAUUUUUAAAUUAAAAAAUAACAAAAAAUUAGAAUUAAUAAAUAGUACCCAUAUUUAGUUGCACAAAAUUUAUGGAAAUUAAUUCUUUUUGUUAACCCAACUUGGGUUUAUGAUGGACUUUGAGUUUGCUCUAUCUGAUUGAUUUAAUUUAAAUUUAAAUUUUAAACUCGUUUUUGGCCAAUGCUGGAGUUCAGUAUCUCUGAUUGGUACAAAAUCUAGGAGCACAGUUUGAGGUAAUAUGGUAAAUAGUUAGAAUUGUAGGGGGUUAAAUGUCUAAAAACAUUUUAAGAGCAAACCAGUUCCCCACCGUCGGAUCUUCCUACGUCGACAUUCAACAGUCCAGAUCAAUCCAUCCAACUUCAGCCUCAUCUUCAUUUCCCGCAAAUCGUAACUCCCAACAACCCAAAAAUGACUGACAAGAAAGACGGCAAUUUUCCGAGGAAGAGAGGAUAAAGCAAAACGAAAACGAUGUCGUUAUGUUGCUCGUUGUCAAAUCCAAAAUCCAUGUCUCUCUUCUCUCAAAAACCCAAACUCUUCAGCCAUGGCUUCAUCAGAGCUUCUUCUUCUGCCGACGUCCCCGAUUUCCUCUCCGCUGAUUGGCUUGAAUCUAGAAGGAAAAGGCCUUUUGGCCCCAGGCUAAAUUUUAGUGCAGAAGAAGCUGUCCAACACCAACUUGAUGCGUUGAAGUACAAUGACCAACCUCGACAGGAUUACGGGAUCGAGGUUAUGUACAGGUUUGCUGGUUUUGAUCCUUUUGAAAGGUCUAAAUAUUUUGGACCCUUCUUUGAUCUAGGACAGUUCGAACGGUUUAGGCGAAUUUUUCACCAUUCAACUUAUCGAGUAUUGCUUGGUCACAAGGAGAGGAAGAUUUUGAGCAGUUUGUUUGUCAAGGAGAACCGAUUCAAACAACGGGUUUGGAUACUUGGAAGUCGUCCGGAGGAGGAAGAAAUAUUUGAAUUCACAAUGGUGCAGAGGAUUGGUGGUUCAUGGGAUGGUUAUUGGUUGACAGAGAGUUUGCUUCAUGAUGGAGAUGCAUUUGCCGGUGGUUUGGCUUACUGAGAACAUGAGUCGAUGCAGCUAAUCUCUGAAUUACUUGUAUUCUAUUGUCCGUACUUCACAUUCACGAUUUAUCUUGACCAGCCUUGUCAAACUUUGUAUUUGAACCUGUAUAUAUAAAGUUAUAGUGGGUAGGGGCUGCUGUAAUUGUUCGCUCCUUUGUUCAUGUUUUAAAUGUUCGUAUAUGCGCAAAUUUCCUAUAUCUGUUUAUGGUAGAUAGCAAAUGUAAGCUAUCAAGUCUGCUAAUGAAAAUUAUUUGAUUCAGAUUCUCCAUUGCUAA